GCGUGGGAGGAGAGGGAUAGGGGCCAGGGGCUCGGCAGUUGAAUGAGAUGGCACGACGCCCGCGCACCGAGCACGCCACAGACUUAUUCCACGUCGCAUACGGGACGACGCGCCGCGUCUCUACCCAAUCGUAUAACAAACUGUACGCCAAAAAACGCUCUACUCCGCUAUAGUGUCUACCAGUUUUUUCACCAAUAUAUGGAUUUAAUAAGGAUAUUCAAUAAGUGAAUAAUGAGUAAAAAUAUUAUGAAGGAUGUGAUUGGUGAAAGUGCACUUUCUAAUCAAUAAUUUAUUGAGAUGUGGUCCUUAGUAAAUACUUAACGAUAUACAUGAUUUUAAGCAGUAAGGUAAUGCGAGGAGAUAAACCCAAGUUGUGUUUGCUGGUUGCAACACUAGCUCUCGGGUAUUCGUGGGCAGGAAGCACGUGCGAACGAAGGGUGACCUGGUGGGACCGUGAGCGCGGCGCAUGCGUGCCCUGCACGCGCUGUGACCGCGAUAAACACCUCGUAGUGCAGCUCCCCUGCGAACUGCACAGGGACACCAUCUGCCAGUCACUAUACCAAAUACAUAUAUGGCCAUUCUUCGCACCUGCUCGUAAUGACACUACAGACAAUAGUGAACCUAGUGAUUAUGAAUACGAGUACUCGGACUACGAUAGUGAAGUGAGAGAAGAUGGUGUAACCCAAUGGGACUUGCAAACGUUAAGUGUUAUAUUAGCAGCGUCCGGCUGUGUCGUUUUCUUUAUAGUUGUAUUAUAUUUAUCGCUUUCUCAUGCCAGACAAUGGAAGAUCCUCAAGCAAACCCUUCAAUCAGACAUGAAGGACCUAACAGCGAAGAUAAAAUUAAUGGAAGCUGGCGGCGAUCCUCCGUGCGAGCCACCCUCACCCACCGAUCAUCACAUCUAUUGCAAUAUACACGUCGGCAAAGAUGCACUACUUGGUCCGGCUUCUUCUAAAAAAGGACUAGGCAACGUGUAUACACAAGAUAAGCAUCCUUCAUGAUCAUCUUGACCACCGAUUUUAUACAUAAGCAUAAAAUAGUACCUACAAUAAAAAUAUUAAUUUGAUGGAACCUCGCGCUUCAAGAGUUAGGAAAAUGUACAUGAGAUAAAUAUUUUCAAAAUAAACGAUUCAAAACUA